UCGCGGGGUGCGGUUGGAUCGUCGUGGUGAUCGCGGUAGUGGGUGCCUGCCUGCGUGCGUGCGUGCAUGCGUGGGUGCGUGCAUGCGAGCGUGCGUCGGUACGUUCAUCUGUCCGUCCGUUGGUUCGUUCGUUGAUUCGUUCGUGCGAGUGAUUCAAUAGAAUAGAACAGAAGAGAGACAAAGACGACUCCCUGCCGUCCUCGCGGGGCUAUCUGUGCCUUUCGCGCGGGGGUGGCACCGACGAGAUGCGCGCGUGCCGAUAACGAUAAGGCCGCCAGGGAUGUGCCUAGCGGGGGGCACUCGGGCCCUCCUGCUCUUGGCGCUCGUGCUGUGCCAGCGUGCCGGCCGCGUCGAUGGCAAGAAUGAUAACUAUCAGAUGACCGACAUUUGCAAGAAGUACUUCCUGCGGGAUCUUUACAGGAAGAUCGACGGCGCCGUUCUUACUUCGCAAAAUGAGAGGGACCUCAAUUGCGCCAUUACUUUCCAGACUCACAGCAUCCUACAGCGGUUCAUGCUCCGAUUCGAUCAACUGCAUCUAGACUGCAACGACCAUCUCUACAUCUACGAUGGCGCGCAUGCGGUCGGCAGUUACAAGGCAGACCUAUCCUGCAGGAACACGAAGCAGACCGUGGGCGCGAUUUACACGCGCACCAACUUCGUGACGUUGAGAUACGUCACCGACGCUUGGGGCACCAAAGAGAACGGCUUCCGCCUUGUCAUCACCGCCGUCAAGGAUCCUAAACAUACCUGCAAGGAUUUCCGGUGCACUCAGAAUGAAUUCUGCAUCGAAACGGAUCUCCUUUGUGACGGCGUGAAUCACUGCGGCGACGGAUCUGACGAGGCCACUUCCACCCUCUGUGCCAACUCUGAGGCAUCGACGAUCCUGGGCAUGCAGACUACUUGGUUCGCCGUCGCCCUUGUUUUUCUGAUACUCAGCGUAGGCUGCCUGGUAACGGCGGCGGUUCUCUGCUUUUUCAAGAAGCAUGUUCUUACCCCGAGGCACCCCCAUAACGCGCACAAUGCUCAGUCUCAUCCCCCAGUCAGCUUCCCAUGGAUUCCAAGCUCGUCGUGGCUCGUCUCGUACGUGUUGAUCUAUCGCCGAGUUUCGCCGGCGACGACAUCCGACGACUGGUCGUCGCAGCGGCCAGUUCCCAUCGGACGCCCAAGCGGAAUCGUUCGCGGUCAUUCCCCCGCACGACACCGCGGUCAAAGUGGAGUCGCUCACGACGCACCCAAGAUGACGACCACCAGGCAGGGUGGUUACGCAGCGCGGAGGAGGACUCUCCUGGCGUUCCUCUUGAUCGCCGUCGGACUCUCCGCGACCGCAAGCGCGCAAACCUACGUGGUGAGCAACACGUUGGACGAUAAGGACUACUUCAUGGGACCCUGUCUGGUCAACACUAAACAAACCUGUCCCGACGAGGAGGUGACGUUCUAUCUCUACACCAAACACAAUCCUGACGUGGGGCAACAGUUGUUAGUGAACGCCACGGGCUCGAAUCUCGCCGAGACCAACUUCGUGGCGACAUUACCCACAAAGAUCAUCAUUCACGGUUACAAUUCUGACAUGCAGUUGAGCUAUUUGGUGGAUAUUAGGAACGAGUAUCUGAAGAGAGGCAGUUACAAUCUAAUCGCGGUGGAUUGGCAUCGUCUGGCAGUCACGCCGUGUUACCCAGUGGCAGUUCACAACAUACCCCACGUGGGUGACUGUCUGGCGCAAAUGGUAGAGCGCCUUAGAGACUACGAAGCGACGGAUAUCCACAUGAUCGGCUUCAGCCUGGGCGCCCAUGUGCCGGCCUUUGCCGCCAACACAUUGCGUCCGUAUCAGUUACCAAGAAUCACCGGCCUCGACCCGGCGAUGCCGCUCUUCGUCACCGUGAACAAGGACGAGAAGCUCGACGCGAGCGACGCCGAGUUCGUCGACGUAUUGCACACGAACGCCUUCAUCCAGGGCAAGAUCGAGCCCAGCGGCCAUAUCGAUUUCUACAUGAACGGCGGGGUCAAUCAGCCCGGCUGCUGGGAGCAACGGAACCCUUUCGGCUGCGACCAUCACAGAGCUGCCUCGUACUUCGCCGAGUCGAUCAACUCGAGGAUCGGCUUCUGGAGCUGGCCCUGUCCCGGUUUCGUGGCUUAUCUUCUGGGUCUCUGCCCGCCCAGAUUCCCCGCGGUGCUCAUGGGCGAAGACGUCAAUAGGAGAUAUCGAGGAUUCCAUCUGGUGAAGACGAAGGCGCAAAGCCCGUACGCGGAGGGGAUGUUCACGAUGGAUCAGAAGGAUCUUUACAUACAAUCGUGGGACGUGAGCGUCAAUGGCUCGUCUCAAGAAAAUGUUACGAGAAGAAGACCGUAAUAGGAGAGAAGAGCAGACCGUAAUAGGAGAGGAGAGCAGAGAGAUAGGAACUCUGUACAGAUUGACGAAACGCGAAGGUGCCGGGAAGGUGCUGGGAACGUGCCGACGCGCGCAGACGACGUUGACGAAAAUGUAAAGGAGUCUUCGUAUUAACGUCGUCGUGCGUCAACGAGAUUCAGACGUCUCAAUAUAUCGAAGUCAGGUUAAUACAGAAAGUCAUAUGACGCGUAGUAAUGCGCUGUCGAUUAGAGUAUCUUCAGAGAUAUCUUAACUUAUCGUGAGGCAGAAAAAUAGUCGAAAGGCACAACGUGCACGUGUGCGUUCUUUAGAUUUGGAACAAUCAGUGCGAUUGAUCUUCGUUAACUCGUAUAUACUCUUAGGAGAUAACGCAUAAUAAUAAUUUACUGCGCCCUCACACAGGCCUUUACAAGUCGUAAUAUCGUUACGAUACAUUACGUUGUGUAAUAUCCCACGGUAAUAUCGCCCAAGUAACGCUUCCGGACAUUUAUUGCCAGAGAACAUUUAUCGCGCGGGUAAAUGGAGAUCGCGCUCUGUGUUACGCAAUGCAUGGUAUUCCAUUGUAUCUCAUUGUCGUCGCAUUAAUUGGCUUCGCGACUAGUCACUGAGCAAAACCAACGAAUGGAAGACCGGCUGCACGACCGAGCGGGGAAUCUCGCGCGUUUCUUCGCCAACUUUGGAGCAUGUUACGUUAUGUUACGGACUCGCGAGUCCGGCGUUGCGCGCAAGCUGAAGGAGGAGGAAGAGGAAAGGUCUACCAUGUCAAGGUCAGACAACUGCCGGGACCUGCUAAUCGAUAUCUCGCCAAACCGGAGAGAAGUGGGGCGGACAUGACUGCGACAUGCUCGCAUACCGGGCAAUUUCUUAUCGAUCCAGUGCGCGAAGCUCUCGCUCGCUCAUACGUCGAUCGAAUAAAAAGUGCUUGACUGUAUCUAUCCAUCUAUCUGUCAGUCUACAUAUCUAUCUAUCCGUCUGUAUGUCUGUCUGUCUGUCUGUCUGUCGAUCGGUCUGCCCGCCUGUCUGUCUGACUGACUUGUCUGUCCGUCUAUCUGUCCAUUUAUCCGUCUAUUUAAACUGUUCCCCUCCCAACGUACUUUCACGGCAACGAUAUUAUUGAGCCUCAAAAUCGCUGAAUUCUACUAGAUUUUCCUCGCUUUCCCUGUGUCCUCCAUUAUUCCGUGAUUAUCCGUCAAUAAUGAGCGGCCGAUAUAUAUACACGUCUGCCUUUGUGGAAAAACUAACACACUGUAUGUGUCGUCGGCAACGUGAUGGCUCUUGCGAAAAUGAGAUUUGGAUGGACAGACACGGUAACACGAUGUACGGUAACGCGAUAUGCCGGUUCGCAGGAUUUUUUGCAAACCUUAUUCGCGCACGACUCUGUCCCUUUGUUCACGUCUAGUACCAGAGAUGCUCGAUAUCAAGGAAAGGACGGGCUCUCGCUGCAGCGAGGCCGGAAGCCUCGCCAACUGAUCCUGUUAGCUUCCUGAGAAUCGAUCUCGGGAGAAUAAGAUCUAUUACCCGUGUACGUCACGGGAGACACUUUCCCGGGGUCAAAGGUAUCGCGCGGCUGGCUUCUCGAUUAUUUUUACCUUCGGCCGCAGCAAAGGUCGAGAGAAACAAACUCGAUCGUGCGCGCGCGUUGGUAGCAAUGUGUGUGAGAAAGAGUAUGUAUUACAGUCAACAUGUUGUAUAUCCAGCGAAAUAAAUAAAAACUCGUGAAAUUCGAUUCAGUGAA